AGUCGGUGCAGGAUGGUGUGAACUUCAGUGAAGACCUUGAACGGAACACUUCUCUUGACUUCUGAAUUACAAACCUCUCUUUAUAUUGACUGCCUUAGAACUGCAAUCUGGUGCGUGAACGCAUCAUUUUACCUGUUGAUUUUACACAAAUUAUUUUUAUUAUUAUUAUUAUUUUUUAUGUGAGUGUCUGUGUGACAGUGAUAACGACUCAGACAUGGCUGAGGCACCGCCACAACAGCCGGUCGAAAUAGACCCGGAAUUUGAGCCUCUCUCCCGCCCGCGGUCCUGCACCUGGCCGCUCCCCCGGCCGGAGCUCAACGACCCGGCCAGCUCCAACACAUCGUCCCCGGCACCGUCGGUUCAGCCGGAGCCGGGAGGAAACCCCGAGUUCAUCAGCAACCUCGGCUUGUUAGAGGAGGACUAUGAAGAGUAUGCAGAGCAGAAACCUCCCGUGCCCUGCAAUGAUUUUCAGUGUCGGGAGGCAAACUGUGUGCAUCCACACCACCGCCACCACCCCCAUCACCAUCAUCAUCGUCCUCUCCAGCAGCAGCUCCCCGGUCCGCAGCUGCCGCCUCAGCAACAGGUGCCUCCUCCGGGCGUCGCACCCCUGGGCAGCUCCGGCCAGAGGAAGAGCAGCUCGUCCCGUCGUAACGCCUGGGGGAACAUGUCGUACGCAGACCUGAUCACCAAAGCGAUAGACAGCUCACCCGAGAAGAGGCUGACCCUGUCUCAGAUUUACGACUGGAUGGUGAAGAAUGUGCCUUACUUCAAGGAUAAAGGAGACAGUAACAGCUCCGCCGGCUGGAAGAACUCCAUCAGACACAACCUUUCCUUGCACAGCCGCUUUGUGCGCAUACAAAACGAGGGAACGGGUAAAAGCUCCUGGUGGAUGCUCAACCCAGAGGGGGGAAAGAGUGGAAAGUCACCCCGACGCAGAGCUGCCUCCAUGGACAACAACAGUAAGUUCACCAAGAGCAGAGGAAGGGCCACAAAGAAAAAGAUGUCUCUACAGGAAGCAGCUGAGGGAGGAGCAGGCAGCCCUGGUUCCCAGUACUCUAACUGGCUGGGAAGCCCAAACUCCCACAGUAACGAGGACUUUGAAGCCUGGAGCUCCUUUAGGACGCGCACCAGCUCUGACGCCAGCACCCUGAGUGGCUGCCACUCACCUUUUCCUUCUGAACAGGAUGACCUGGGGGAGUCUGAUGGCCACAUGAUGUACCCUGGAGCAGCGGGAAGCAAGAUAACCUCCACCCUACCCAGCCUGUCCGAGGUAGCUGGAUCCAUGGGCCAACAUGGCUCAGAGGGCGUCAUGGAGAGUCUGCUGGAUAACCUGAGUGUGCUGUCUCCUAAAACCCAGCUAGGUUCUGACUCCUCACAUUCAUCAAAUGCUGCCAUGCUUCAGAGUAGCCCCUACAGCUCCACUGGCCUGACCUCCCACCCACAGAAGGACUACCAUAAGUGCAUGUACAGCCAGGUGAGGAUGAACUCCAUGCCCCCCGCUCCCAUGCAGACGCUUCCAGAGUCCAAGCCGGGCUUUAGGGCUUAUGAGAACCAGUAUAUUUGCCCUGCUGGCCUCCUCAAAGAGCUGCUGACGUCAGAUGCAGAGGCCAGUAGGGAUAUACAGGUGUCUCAGGUGGGGAGGGGAGGUUGUCUAAUGCCCACUUACAGCCGCCAGAGCCACAUGGGGGGUCAUAAUGGAGUAAAAAUGAUGACUCCUCCUCAAAGUCACCUAGUUCAUCAUGUAAAUCCACAAGAUAUACAUAGACAGGGUCCUUCAACCUCACAAGAUUUGAAUAGCUGUAACAUGAUCCCCCUGACUAGCCUGACUAGUCUUUCAGGGGGCCCUCCUCGAAUGACCAGCCUGAGGACAUGCGUGCAGUUGCCCCGUGGACACCCAGCACACACUAAUGCUGUUUCGGCAACCUACGGCAACAACAACGGCUACAGGGAACUCAACUUGAUUCACCCGCACAGUCAUCACCAGGAGCGGCUGCCCAGUGACCUGGACAACGUGUCCAUUGAGAGGUUUGAAUGUGACAUGGAGACGGUCCUCCAUGACACCCUCAUGGAUGGCGGGGCACUGGACUUUAACUUUGACCCCACAACUGGGCCUCUAGGGUUUCCCCAGAGGGUGAAAACCACCACACAUAGCUGGGUGUCAGGCUAGGACGCAUGGUAGAUCACAACAGGUUUUUCUCAGCAUCCCGCCACUGCUCUACUCCAUUCAGAGACUGGAAAAUGUAAAUCAGCCACCGCCGUAACUCUCCACAGAGCAUUUGGCAAAAACUCAUUUACAGAAAAUGUACAUGUCUUGAGUUGCAGCUCCUUUAUACUUUAUAUGUAAUAGACAAAACUCAAUAAGAUCCAGAUACUUAAAUAGACACAAAACUGUUAAUUCAUAACCGCAUUGAAGCUCUGCAGAGAGAAAAUGAAUGAGAGACAAGCCAGCAUUUGCAAAAAAAGACUUGUUUACAAUUCCCUGUCCAGAACUGGAAACAUGUGUAUAUUUGAUAUUUUUGCUGAUUUUUGUUCAUAUAAACAUAUACAUUACAGUAUAUUACAUAAUACAGAACAUAGAAUCAGAGUGCCUUUGUGGCCAGUCCGACAUUAGGCCAACAUUGCAAAUUCAUCUUUUGAUUUAAGAAUGAACUUUGCAGCAGUCAAUAGGCCCAGUUGAGCCCUUUUGAGCCUACUUAUAGGACUCGAAAUUGCAGUAGGGACACAACAAGACAGUUAUAGUAAUUUAGGGUGUGACCACACUGCUCUGUAAGUGCUGUAAGAAGUUUUAAAGUCAGUUCUUUACUAACUACCAUCCAGUGAAAUUUGUCAGUUUUUGAGUCAUUUGGGGCCAACGGAGCAGGAUAUAUUGAGUUAAACCAUUUAGCUGUGUUUUUUUCCAGUGCUUAAUAUGUAAAGUAUGAGUCUAAAAUGGCACCCAUAUUUUAAGGGAUAACUUGAUAUUACAUUCUGGUGGAGCAAAAACCUGCUAAUAUGUUCUAUAUAGUCUGAUCAGUUAGUUUAUAAGGGUUGGAUGAAAAGCUCAUGAUGGCAAAUGAGUGUUCAUCCAAUCAUUUGGAUCAUUUGGCUGGAAUAUUAGAUAAACCGGUGUAUCAUCUGCAUAUUGAUACAUAUACAUUUAUUACUUUAUUAUCUCCAACAGGCGUGAGCCUGUGUGUGUGUGUGUGUGUGUGUGUGUGUGUGUGUGUGUGUGUGUGCGUGUCCACGGCUGAUCUCGUAUACUACUGGACCAAUCAGCCUAAAAGUUUUGGUGCUUAUUUAUGACUGUAUGCUCAAGGACCUCCCAUGAAUUGUGGUUAUUCACGCUUUUUGACAAACAUAAUUUAUUGACUGUUUUAUACAGUUUAUCUACUGCUGACCCCUCACUCUUAACCGGAUGAUAGGGGUCGCAAGUGAUCAACAACUGCUUUAGUAGCAAAAGGCAUUUCCAGCCAUUAGCUAGAAUAAAAAACCAAGCCUUACCUUAUCUGUUUUAGGCCACGUUUUGUCCUUUGUCGAGGCUCAAUAUAUGACAUCCAUUGAAAAGUUUGGUCUAAUUUUAACUGGAAAGGUUAUGAUCCUCUCAAGUCAGGCAUGAGACAAGAUGAAUAACUCCAUGAUUUUGUUAUCUUCACUGCCAUCUUGACUCUUAGGCAGCUGUGAGGGACAAUUGUGUAAUAUUCAACGUUUUUUUGUUUGAGAGGUUAGGGUAUACCUGGAGGAGAUCUGCACUCUACUGAGGGCACUUUUCUAGCUAAAAUGGUGAAUUAAAAUGACCCAGACAAAAUUUUCUGUGAGUGAGAACAGGAAAUGUCUAGGAAUAGACCUCUGGACAACAUCACAUAACAGAUUAUUAAACAAACACCAAUAAAUAACAGAUGAAAUCUUAGUACAGUGCUAUCAAAUUCAGCACUCAAAUUGAACAUUAGCCAUAUCUGCUCACCAUUAGAUUUCAUUAGAGAUUGUGAGACAAGCUGCAUCUCUGACUGAAAUCAUUCAUAUACUGUAUGAAGGUAUUUAUUUAUGUUUUUGUUUUAAUUGUAGCUUAUAAUUGGAUUAUUGCUUUGUACUUUCUAUGCUUGUACAAAAUGUGUGCCUAUGCUGCGUACAAUGUAUAUACUCUGUUUGAAUUGCAUGAUUUGCUGUAUUUUCUUUGUUACAUCAAGGUAACAUUGAAGAAGUAAAUUAAAGAUUCAUUAGAGACGUUGCCUUCUAAAAGCUGUUCACUGAAAGUCCAUAUCAAUGUAAAUUAUUGUAGAUAAGGGCACUGUGGGAAUGCUCCCUGAUACAUUAAUAGUGUUAACAUGUAAUAUUUAAAAGUUUAGAAAAUUUGGCUGUUUGGGAACACUGAUCAAGAAUAAACAUCUUAAUUUGCAUUUUGGGACUCAACUUUGCUGUAAGGGGAAAACUUCCUAAAUCUAGUCUAGGCUCAAAUGAACGUCUGUGACAUUAGGACAUUCUCCCACGCUUGAAGUUUUAAAAAAAAAAACGAUGGCAUGGCAAUCAAGUUGAAAUCAAAGUUGUUUUUUGUCACAUUCUGAAAAAGGGACAUUUUUUGUAGAGUUUAGAGAUUUUCACCUGAAUUAACAUGUAUGAUACAGUGAAAGAAGCAGUAGAUAGAGAGGCUGAUGACAGACUCACUAAACACACUGGAAAUGGAUGAUGGCCUUCAAAGUUUAUUUGAAACAGCACAUGAUUUGAUGCUGUUUACCUCCCAGCAGCUACAGUUUUAUGCACCAAAGAGUUUCCACUCUACCACACAUCAAAGAAAGAGUGCCAAUUCAAUGUGCCUACAUGGUCUCACAGACGAAUAAUUCUGUACAUAUUAUAUUCCUUAGUAAUACAUUUUUGUAUAUGAGGGGUUUAAAUGGUUUGGUAGGAUUAUAUUGAAGUAUUUCACUGUAUGUAUUAUUGUGUUAAAAUUGUUGUUUACAUAUCUGAGUCCAAACCAUAUCAAUAAAUUUAUGAACACUCAUACCUCAAAAUAUUUACCUCUGAAGUGUUGAAGGAAUUAUUCCUGCCAUUCUCCUCAGUAAGUAAUGUUGAAGUAAUUGAAUUUGUCUUCAUUUUUGACAAUUGUUAUUUGUAAAUAGAUUUUGUUUUCUUUUUAUGAAUUUGAUUAAUACUGUUAAGACCUUUUCAGAAUUAUGCAACAUCUGCCUUUGUAUUUUUAACGUGUUGAAGGAUUAUAGCCAUUAGUUUCUAGUAAAUAUUUUGUGAUAGCACAAAGUAAGUAAUUUUAAAUCUGUAUUGUAUUUGUGUGAAAUUAUACAUUAUGAAAGGUUUUCUUAAAAAACGUUAAUUCAUCUGUUCAGACAAACCUCAAAGAAAGGAAUUCAGUAAACAGAAACAAAUUAUACUUUAGAAUAAUGCUACUACUUCUGUAGUUGUGAAAGGUUAUCAGAAAUAAAUGUGUGAUGGGAGCAUUUUUAUAAUGGGUCAAAUUGCUACCUUGAACAAAUGAGAUCUUUGAUAAAAUAAUCUGUUAACUUUUGUUUUAAAAAAGAGAGUAUAUUGCAUUUUUAUAUGUAAUUGUUGACAUUAAACAAAUGAUGCAACCCA